GGAUUGAAAGCUGGUCGGAGUGAAGAAAACAAGGUGAAAGCAAGAAAGAUUUGAAGAUGAAGUUAACUCUGGUGCAAACUUUGCUUCUCACAUUCCUCACUGUAUGUUAUGCACGUAGCACGAAAUUUCGAGGUGAGUAUUGGGGUCUUUCCGUGAGCCUUGCAGACACGAUACUUCUAGGUAUUGAGGUCUUUCCGUGAGCCUUGCAGACACGAUACUUCUAGGUAUUGGGGUCUUUCCGUGAGCCUUGCAGACACGAUACUCCUAGGUAUUGAGGUCUUUUAGUGAGCCUUGCAGACAAAGUUACUGAUACUUCUAGGGCAAACAAAUUAUGGCAAUCUCUCAAUUCCAUUUAUCUGCCCAAAAUACUGCCACCCGAUGAAAAACACCGCAAGGUGAAUCAGACAUCCCUUAUUAAAAAUUAUUAUUACAUCAACGACCAUAUUCUCACUCUGGUAGAUCAUCUGCUGCUCCUCAGAAGGCGUUGUCUAUUUUUAAAUCUCUGUAAUUAUAACUUAUAGUAAUUGUAAUUUGAUUUCUUUUAGCUAACGACCGAGAAUAUUAUGACUUCUUGGUGAAUGAAAAAAGGUACGCUUAAAGCAAAAUUUUGCACAGACGUUUUUGUGAACGGAAUAAAAAUAUAAAGGCGUUAAUUGAAUUACAUGCGAAUAGAAUAGUUUUGUGGAACAUUGUUAAUAUAUUCCUGAUAUUCAUUCUGUUGGUUCCACUUCGCCGAGUUUAGAUACAAUUUUCUACCAUUGAACGGCUUUGAGAAACUAGUUGGUUUCCGCCCUCGCAUACCUUGUACUGGCUGAGUCAAAUUAAUAGUUAAUUGCUACAAUUUUGUUGAGUGUAAAAGAGUUCUUUGUUUUAAAGUCGUACAGUGUUGUGUGGAGGGGAAGUUUUUAACAGUUUUCAAAAUGUUUCAAUUUUAUGUAAUGUUGUACUUAAGAAAGAUAUUUUCUCAAUGUUUCAGGGAAAAUGAAGUGAAUGCACCUCUUUCAAGCAUCGACUUUACAGCCGACUGGAAAGAAACUGUUCAUGGUGAACUAGGUGUUGGAAGAAACUUUCAAAUCAACUAUGCUAAAUCACGUCUUGCUGCGCCAGUCUUAGUUGAGUAUAAGUUUAAUGACGGCCCUGACUUCAAAUCUGAAAGCCUUGGAGACGCAGAUACGAAUGGUUUCUACCAUAAGACAAUCUCAAUCCCUAUUGAUGCUGACAAAGUUGUGAUUUGGUUCAGACACGAGCGUAAUGAUGAUAAAGGGAGUGACUAUGACAGUGAUUACGGAAGAAACUAUAAUUUCCCGAUCAACAGACCAAGUAUUGUGUUCUUAAAAGAUUGGCAAGAAAAACAGCAUGGUGAUCUGGCCCCGGGAGGAAAUUUUGAUCUAUUCUAUGAUUCAAAAAGAUUGAAGGAAGGCAGUCAAGUGGUAGCACAGAUGAAAUUUCUUGAUGACACUGUUGUUGAUAAAACACUUCAAAGCGAUGAUUCAACUUAUCAAACUGCAGUAAUUUCCAUCCCUGACAAUGCUGAGAAACUCGUCAUGUGGUUCUACUAUGAAGAUUCCGACGGAAAGAAACAGUAUGACAGUGACUAUGGAAAGAACUAUCACUUUACUUUGUCUUAACUUGGAACAUUUUGACUUGGAAACUGACAUAGUGAGAUAAUUACUCAUAUAGAUUUACACUCAAUUAUGAGUGGAAGACGAUUUUAGUGAUGUUCAUUUUGGAGUGGAUUCUAUGUUUUAGUCCAGAUCACAGAGUGACGUAGUAAUUGUCUCAAGUCAUAAUAUUUAGUGGCUUGUAGUGUUGUAAUCAUUGUUGUUUUGAUUAAUAAAACUGAGUUCCAAAUCUCUAUAUUCUCUAAAG